CCUGCCCAAGAACAGAGGCAGCGCGCAACGAGGGCAGCCCCGACGCCCACCUCGCUCCUCUCCAAGCUCGCUUUCCUUGGGCGGCGUUUAGGCGGACUCAUGGAACGCUUAAAGCACGAAAGGAGCUGAAUUUGUCUCUUCCUCGAAGGCACUUCGGGGUUCUCCCCCCACAACUUGGUGGAAACUUGCCAGGCUCCCUGCUACUUGUCACAGCUCUAUAAAAGAUGCACUAUUACCGGUAUUCUUCUGCUGAAGUCAGCUGUUGGUACAAAUACCUGCUUUUCAGCUACAACAUAAUCUUCUGGCUUGCUGGAGUUGCCUUUCUUGGGGCUGGUCUUUGGGCCUGGAGCGAAAAGGGGGUGCUCUCUGACAUAUCCAAAAUGACCCGCCUCCAUGGCUUUGACCCCGUGGUCCUUAUCGUGUUUGUUGGCGGAGUAAUGUUCAUUCUGGGAUUUGCUGGCUGUGUAGGAGCCCUGCGGGAGAACAUCUGCCUCCUGAAAUUCUUCUGUGGCACAAUUGUGCUAAUAUUUGUCCUGGAGUUGGCAGCAGCUGUCCUGGCUUUCUUGUUCCAAGACUGGGUGAGGGACCGGGUGGAGACGUUUUUCAAGAACAACAUUAAGUCUUACCGAGAUGACAUUGACCUGCAGAACCUCAUUGAUUCGUUGCAGAAAAUGAAUAACUGUUGUGGUGCUCAGGAGCCGAACGACUGGAACCUUAACAUAUACUUCAACUGCAGUAGCACAAGCAAGAGCCGUGAGAGAUGUGGCGUUCCUUUUUCCUGCUGCAUCCAAGAUCCUGCUCAAAAGGUUGUUAACACGCAGUGUGGCUAUGAUGUAAGAAAUCUGCCUGUAUCCGCUUGGGGAGAACGAAUUUACACCAGGGGCUGCAUCCCUGCUCUGGAAGCUUGGUUGCCCCGGAAUAUUUACAUCGUGGCAGGAAUUUUUGUGGCAAUUUCAUUAUUGCAGAUAUUUGGGAUUUUCCUGGCCAGGACACUGAUUUGUGACAUUGAAGCUGUGAAGGCAGGCUACCAUUUCUGAAGACAAGACAAGAGAUCAUCUGUAAAGACAAAUCAGUUCUCUCCCCACCCCCUGCUAUUGCUGUGAGCACAAGGAGAAAAAGGAACAAAACCGGAGAUCUAGAAAAGUCUUGAUACAACUAGAGCGUAAAGCCAUAAUAUAUCACUUAAACAACAACAAGAAAAAACAUAGUUGGAUGCUACCCUACUUCAGGCUGGAGUUGAAGAACCUUCUCCUCUUCUCACCUGGCUAAUGAAUAGUUUUACAAUGCUGAUCUCUCGGAAAGAAGAUUUAUCUUCAUCCUUCUGUACACAUAUGUGAAAUUGCGGUAGGCACCAGUGGACCGUUCUAGAUGCUCCUACCCGAAAGCUGCUACUGUCUAAGGACUGUUGCCUUAGUUUUCCUUUUACAGUAGUUCCUUAGAGGUUAGAAUUGUUACAUUCCAAAAGUUGGUCAGUGCCUAGAAUAACGCCCCACGAUGCCAAAUGAUCACAUUUUUGGGCGGGGUUGGGGAAGAUACAUGAAAUGCCUUUAAAUAUGGAAAACUUGUUCAGGGAAUGUUGUGCCUGUUGAGAGAUUGAAGCAUGCACUGUGUGAGCGUUUUAAAUGAGAGCCAUGUUUGUACAGUGUUGCCUGGGGGUUUUAAAAAAAAGGGGGGGGGGAUGUCGUGUGCCGGGAUCAACAGUACAGAAGGGAGGGAUUUCCUCUUAUUCAGGCCAGAUCUUAUGUGUCCAUUUUUGAUGCUAGAGAUCUGAAGAGAACACUGGAGAUACUUCAAAAGGACUUGCCUUACCUACCAGGAUUUGUAAAGUAAAAGUCAAUUGUACGUUCAACAGCAUCAGACCACAGGCCUCCUUUGGAAAGGUCAAGGCUGAUUUCUCGCGCCACGUCUCCUUCUUAAUAUGGCGUUAUUUAUAGACAUUUGAACAAGGAAAUGUGUCCGCAUACAGUUUUGCUAACGUUACUUCAUAUAGUAGUAGUUCGUAAAGCCAUUUAUCCGUUGGACUGAAGUUUCUCGUUUUGCUAGAUACCAGGAGCCAUACCUCUUUGGACCACAUUUCUAUCUUUUUUUGUGGCAGUGAAAAAUGCAUAUGCUAACGUCUCCUAGGUAUGUGUAAAUAAUUGGAUGUAUUGGAUGUUCAGGGGUAUUUGAAUCAUGCAAAGCUGUUUAAAAGUGUGCACUGGUCAUUUCCACUUCAUGUACGGCAAAUAGAUGCUCUUACGCUUGUCAGGUUGUGGCCCGUAUCAGAGCAAGGUCCCACGACCAGCCUGCACACAGCUUGUGACUCACCAAGCUGAAAAGAGCCCAUCAGCCAGAUAGGGAUGCUGAACUGAUAACACAGUGCUUUGAUUUAAACAGGUGAGUUGCUAGAGAAGCUGCUGUAAGUUGCUUUCUACAGCUGAUGGGCUGCAUUCUGCUUGGUGGAGCAUAAGCCUACUCUAGAGCCUGCCAUAAAGAGGUGGUUUGUCACCGAGAAUGAAAAAGUGUUAAUUUCUCUUUUCAGGAUUUUGGCCUCAUGGGCUUUCUUUUAUGCAAGCUGUUUUAAUAUGACCCUCGUUGAAAUGGAUGGCAUGUGCCUUUAGAGUUUUCAACCAUCCUUCACAGCCAUUCCACAUAAAUGCCUGUGUAGAACACAGUUCCGAACAGUGAAGUCAGCGAUGUGUUUUUUUGGGGACGCCCUAGAAAACUCUUGUUUGGAUUCUUCCUGACAAAGGACUGAACUUUGGUUGAACUGCUUCUGAGGUUGCCUGAUUAUUUUUCUUCAGGGACUGCAGACUUGUCUACACUGCCUAACACACUUUUAUAAAGUCUGUAUUUGUGUAAUUUUUGUAAGAUUCUCUUUUUUUUACUGCAUGUAGAAUAAGCAGCAGCAACAAAAAGCAAA